CAAAUAGCUAGAAAACUUCCCCAUAUAUAGAGAGAAAGAACUAGCUGUCUCUAGUCCCUAUCAAGCAAUGGCUGGUUCUACUCAUUUUCUCCUAUUGUCUUUGAUAAUAACAUUGUUGUUGUCAAGCAUUGAUACGAGCACAGCAGCUCGUCGCCUUUUGGACACAGCAGCAGCUCCGCCCCCGGCAUUGACUCUGCCUACAAUUCCAUCUCUACCAAAGGCUUCAUUGCCUCCUUUGCCCGCUGUGCCGACGCUGCCAAAAGCCACAUUGCCCCCACUGCCUAGCAUGCCAUUGCCAACUUUGCCGGCUCAACCCACUCUGCCAAAGCCUACAUUGCCAACACUCCCAUCUCAGCCAACACUGCCUCAAGCCACAUUGCCACCAUUGCCUACAACCCAGUUGCCAACAGUUCCCAAGGUGACUCUGCCUCCUCUGCCUGCAGCCACUCCAGUGCCCACCAUCCCAACUACAAUCCCAUCUAUUCCUACUAUUCCAACAACAAUUCCAACAAUUCCUUCCUUCUCCCCACCCCCAUCAAACUGAACUGCUACUUUCUCCUGCUCCCAGUAUUGGAUGGUUGUGUGUGGUGACUGCCUUGGCUCUACAUAGUUAUUUAUUUAUUUCUUCUUUUUUUCUGAGCCUUGACAUAUGAGUGUUUAAUUACAGGCUGAACAUAAAUUUUCUACAAACAAGGUUGUUGGAAAAUUCUUCUAAUUCAAUCUUUAAAAGUGUCAUAUGUCCCUUAGCAUGUGAGACAUGUUUUUUUAAUAGCAUUUAUAAAAAAAAAAAAAAAAUGUUUCUCGCAUGCUCAACGGACACACAACAGUUUUA